AUGUACGGCGGCCUUGGGAACAGAUUACCUCAGUUGGUUAAUGGAGUGGUGCUUGCCCUCAUUGCCAACAGAACGGUUUUGCUGGAAUAUCCAGACUAUAUUCGAGAGAAUUGGCAAUUCAGUCUGGAUUUUGAUAGUUCAAACAGAGAGCUUGGUCGGCAGCAAGUCGUGGUCAUGGACGAAAAGGCACGAGAUCUCAUCUCCAUAUCUAUUACAGAAUCAUUGGACAAUCACUUUAAUGACGACAAGAGGGGUGGGAUACGAACAUGGGUCAUCUUGGGGGCUGAUUAUCACGUUCCUUACUGGCAAGCAAAUCCCCACUAUAAAGAAAAGCUAGAAGCCUUAUUUCCAGACGGACGGAUUGCGCAUCAUGUCUUACGAAAGACAAUUCGACUUAAGCCGGAACUGGAAAGGGCAUUAUCCGAAUACAAAUCAAUCCAUUUUCGCCCUUAUAUGAUUGGAAUCCACGUGAGAACACAUAAUCGACAUUCAGAUAUUGGACUCAUGAGGACUUAUGCUGCUAUUGCUGAGCAGCUGGCAAUGUCAUCGAAUAGGAAACAUGAUGUCGCAUUUCACUUGGCCACAGAUAAUAUCAAAGUUCGACAAGAACUCGAAAUGUGGUUGGGAAUAAACAGAACGAGGCAUCUGAACAUAAAUUUUGAAGAAGGAAACGCAAUGAACAACCCAGGAGGCUCUGAUGUGGCUGCAGCUCUGGACUUCAUGGCAUUGGCUACUUGCGAUGAUGUAGUUGCGACACAUUCAUCUACUUUUGGACAUUGGGCGGCGACAUUGGCAGGAAGACCGUAUACAAUAGUCAAUCUCAGGCAACAGGAUUAUAGGAACUCGCGGGAGGUGGCCUUUUGGAGAAGCAUUACGUCUGAACCAUGUAGCUUCCUAGCAAAGUCUUUUACUCAAUCACCGAAUGCUGGGUCAAUGAAUAUGUCGGCCCUAGAAGACGAAUACCAGGCCGAUUUAGCUGCUCACAAUCUCACCGCUAUUGAAGAGAAGAGAGAAUUUCGUGCCAUCUCGUUAUUAAUGCAGAGCAAAAUGUAUAUUCACCAUACCCAAUGUCACUUUUUUGUAGAGUAG